GAUGGAAUUUUCCUCCGACGGAGAUAGUCUUAAACAUCCACUGUCUACAUCGUCCUUAAAUCAUCUCCGACGGACCACCUCAGAUUUCUACAAUUUCUAUUCGACAUUUACGGUAUAAAAGGAUGAAAGACAUGGACCCUCUUGUUCACAGCACCCCCCAUUUUGAUGUUCUCGACCAAACGUCUCUCUGCAAGCAUGAACUUAGCCGCAGCGGCGAUAUUAUACAUGGCCAGAGACACGGCCGAAAAUGCCGCAGUAAACUCCCAACCGACGCGAACAGAGGUUGUCUAUGGAGAAAUCCCUAGUAAAUCUGCAGCGCUUGCUGUUGGCAUAAUCUAUGUCUUGUUUUCGCUCGUUCUAUUUUUUCGCGUCUGUCAAUACCGCAACUGGUGGGGUCAUUGUCUUCCUAUCGGCGCAGUAGUCAGCGGCAUAGGCUUCUUCGUCAAGGUCGUCCUGGUCUCCUCCGUGGAAAAUGAGAACUCCAAAGCCCUUCUCGCCACACAAAACGUCCUCAUCGCGUGCGCGCCUGCCGCGUUCCUGGCUUUCAACUAUAUCGUCUACGGCCGCCUCGUCGUCCAAUGCCUUGGAGCUCGGUUCUGUAUGUUGACGCCCACACGUGUCUCCAUGAUUUUCAUAUGCAGCGACAUUAUCACCUUCAUCGUUCAGGCUGGAGGAGCUGCCAUGAUUAUCAACCCAGACAAGGCAACACUCGGGAAAAAUAUAUUUCUUGCCGGCCUGAUCCUUCAGUCCAUCUCAUACUACAUAUUCACCUUGAUGAUGUUAUGGACCCACUGGAAAGUCAAGAGGGCUCGCGUUACUUGUGGAGAAGAAUACUGGUGGAAGGCUUUGUGGCUGCUCUAUGUGUCUUCAUUUUUGAUCAUCAUCCGUACUAUAUAUCGUCUCGUCGAAGGAGCUUCUGAUCGCGGAAGUUACGUUCGUACACAUGAGGUCUUUUUCUAUUGCCUCGACUCAUUGCCUCUCCUUCUCUCCAUCGGCGUGUACAUGCCAUUCUGGCCUGGAAAGUACAUCACCAAGGAUUCCAUUGUACCAGGACACCAAUACAAAUUGACGAAGGCUUCGAGUGUAUGACUGUCCAACUAGAGUUACCCUAAUCUUCAUUAUUUACAAUAAUCUAAAUCCGUUUCUAGCAUUUUUCAAAGUUCAUGAUCGUGAGCACCUAUGUACCGACUGUCUGAGACUCUGGUUUCCGUGCAUGGGUAGGUUCGGUCCCAGAAUUGAUCGUACGAGUUCAACUCGCUUCGUAGAGACCUUUUUGCGGCCGUCCUUCAA